AUGGCGUAUCAACCGUCUGAUGAUAUUCUACAAUGUACUUAUGACCAUAGUACAUUUCAAAACCUUGAGGAAAAAUUCGCUGGCUUGGAUGAGCCUCAAAACAGAAACGAUGGCCUACUUCAAGAUGACGAUCCUUGCCUGCCAAGAUUUUUAAACACACAAUUCUCGAUCAACGAGAAUGAAGAGAUUGACAAUGAAAGUAACGAUCUAGUAGCGGCAACAGACACGCCUACAGACUAUAACAGUGAUCAGUUGUUGCUCGGUGACGACAUGAGCACGGUCGAACCCUAUCAAAGUAUAUCGCAUGAAGUUACUAUCACAACGACUCCGUGCGAAUUGGCACCAAACGACCCAUCACAAACAGAUUAUACAAUGUCAGAGCUGAACUCGAAUAAAAAUGGUUUGACACUUGACGAAAUGACCAAAUCGGUACAGACAGCAAUCGAUAAGCUGCAGUUGCAAGACAUCGAUAGAUCGAUUGGAGAACGCACCAUGCUAGUCUUAGUUGAGCCGUUAACCAAUCCUCGCAUUCGUUACAAAAGCGAUGGGCCAAGACAAAUUGAGAAGUGUCGCACCAAGCCUAUAGUCAUCCAGUUACCUGACCUAAAAAAAGUAAAACUGACAUCUGGUCAGCAGUUUUAUCUUCGGCUUAUACUUCUAACGGACAACGAUGAUCCGUCGGCUUCUGUAUUUCUUCAUCCUAACAAAUUGGAAUAUCAUUCCAGCAACACAACAACAUUAAAUGACGGAACUGUUUGCGUCCCCAUAUCCGUUGAUGAAAUCAACAAUGGGGUGAAAAGUUUACCUCGAUUAUCCUUUAUUAAAACAAAGUUAACAGACUACAGACGUAGCUUGGCUACGUUCGAUCUAUGGAAUACAGGGAGCAAUGACGAUGAAGAACAAACACUGACUGUGGCCGAAGCAAAGACUUUCUUCGAGCAACAUAAUUUGAAAGCUAGUCGAAUCAAUUGUCAAUUGUUAAUUGAACAAAAUAACACGUUUCACUUUACCGAUAUAACUUGCAAAACUAAGAAGAUGGAGGAAAAAAAAGCGCCAGUUGCGAAGAAAAAACGUCCGAUUGAGACCGACAAAAUCGAUGAUGACGAAGUUGCUGAUUCUCGUCCAUCGACAUCAAAAUCGACCAAGCGACGAAAACAUUCAUAA